UUGGUCUACAUCACCCGGAAAAUAAAGUUUCAAACUUCGGACUUUCCCUCACUUUCUUUCUCUCAUUUUCAUGGCAAAUUUUCAUGGAUGCCAAACAACUCCGACAACAACAGCAAGUAGUCGAUCAUCAACACAGGGAAUCACACUCACACUCUCCUGCCUACCAAGCUCUUCUCAGGGCGGGCCCACGUAUCAGACCCCUCCAACAAGUACACGCCCAAAUCGUGGUCUUAGGCAAGUGUCGCAGCCUAUCCCUUCUCACCAAGCUCCUCACACUGGCUUGCGCCGCGUGCUCAAUAACCUACACUCGCCGGCUCUUCCUCACUGUCCCAGACCCCGACUCCUUUCUCUUCAACUCCCUCAUCAAAGGCUGCUCCAAGCUCGGGUUCCCAAAGGACGCCGUCUUCUUCUAUCGCCGAAUGGGCCUCGCGAGUAUUUCGCCGUCGAAUUAUACUUUCACGUCCGUGAUCAAAGCGUGCGCGGAUCUUUCGGCUUUGAGACUUGGUAGGGAGAUUCAUUCCCAUGUUUUGGUUUCUGGGUACGGCUCGGAUUCAUUUGUGCAGGCUGCGCUGGUUGCGUUCUACGCGAAAUCUGGUGAUUUGUGUGUUGCCCGGAAACUGUUUGAUAAAAUGCCGGAGAGAACGGUUGUGGCUUGGAAUUCGAUGAUAUCGGGGUACGAGCAAAAUGGGUUCUCGAGGGAAGCCAUUGGAUUGUUUUAUCAGAUGCGAGAGUGGGGUGUUGAGCCUGAAUCCACAACGUUUGUUAGUGUAUUGUCAGGUUGUGCUCAGUUGGGGGCAAUUGGUUUGGGAUGUUGGGUUCAUGAUUAUGUCGUUAGUCAUGGCUUUGAUGUCAAUGUGGUUCUAGGUACUUCUUUGAUUAAUAUGUAUUCUAGAUGCGGGAAUGUGACCAAAGCGCGAGAAGUUUUUGAUUUGAUGAGUGAACGAAAUGUAAUUUCUUGGACGGCUAUGAUUUCCGGGUAUGGAAUUCAUGGUUAUGGUAGAGAAGCAAUGCAGCUCUUUAGACAAAUGAGAGUACAUGGUCCACGUCCUAACAAUGUCACAUUUGUUUCUGUCUUGUCGGCAUGUGCUCAUGCAGGGCUCAUUCAGGAAGGGCGCUGUGCCUUCGCAGACAUGAUGUCAGAGUAUGGGUUGGUGCCAGGAGUGGAACAUCAUGUUUGCAUGGUUGAUAUGCUGGGGCGUGCCGGACUUCUCAAUGAAGCUUAUCAAUUUGUCAAAGAAUUGAAUCUUGGGGAGCUGGCUCCAGCAAUUUGGACUGCAAUGCUUGGGGCAUGCAAGAUGCAUAAGAAUUUUGAUCUUGGAGUAGAAGUUGCUGAGCAUCUUUUAGCUGUAGAACCAGAAAAUCCGGGUCAUUAUGUUUUGCUUUCAAAUAUAUAUGCACUGGCUGGUAAGAUGGAUCGAGUGGAAUUGGUUAGAAACAUGAUGAUUCGGAAAGGCCUAAAGAAGCAAGUUGGCUAUAGCACAAUAGAGGUUGGUCAGAAGACUUACUUGUUUAGCAAUGGUGACAAGUCCCUCCCUGAGAUUGAAGAAGUUUAUCGGUAUUUAGACGAAUUGAUGUCGCGGUGUAGAGAAGCAGGAUAUGCACCAGCACCUGCGUCUGUGAUGCAUGAGUUAGAAGAAGAGGAGAGGGAAUAUGCUCUUAGAUAUCAUAGUGAGAAGCUUGCAAUAGCAUUUGGGUUACUGAAAAUGAACCCCGGUUUAACCAUCAGGGUUGUGAAAAACCUUCGAAUGUGUGAGGAUUGUCAUUCAGCAAUAAAGUACAUAUCAAUUGUUUCUAACAGAGAAAUUAUUGUCCGGGAUAGGCUUCGUUUCCACCACUUCAAUAAUGGUUCAUGUUCUUGUCUCGAUUACUGGUGACAGAUUCCAUUUGCUUGCUGAGAGUGUCCUGACAAUUUUGCAAGAUUGAUCAUCAAGGAGUAAGGUUCAUCAAGGCAGUCAAAGAACAACUUGUUGCUUUUUUAUACAUGUGAGUGAGACUGACCUUUUUCUUUCCCUUUCUCUUGUAUGUGUGUGCAUAAGUAAAUGAUUCUUUAUUUGGAAUGAAGGACGAGCACCA